AUGAGAUUCUCAGAAGGUUUGGAACCUCCUUCACCUAGGCAUGUUUGUUUUCUCAAGAAGUCUUUGUAUGGUCUUAAGGAAGCAUCUCGACAGUGGUAUGCUAGACUUGCAGGAGCUUUGAGUUUCAAAGGAUAUACUAGUUCUUUAAAUGAUUAUUCUCUGUUUUUUAAGACUACUGGUGGUCUUAUUUCUAUUAUCUCAGUGUAUGUGGAUGACAUUUUACUCACAGGUGAUGCUAUUUCCAAAAUUCUUGAUGUUACUCACUUUCUUAAUGCUGAAUUUCAAGUCAAAAUGUUGGGUGAUAUCAACUAUUUUCUAGGUAUGGAAAUAAUCAGGGAAGCCUCAGGCUUCAUUAUCAGUCAACGACAAUUUACUAUGAAUCUCCUUAAGGAAUUUGACUGCACUGGUUCAAGUGUAUCCUCACCUCUUGACCCUUACAUGAAGUUGCAAGCUGAUGAUGGACCUUUAUUGGACAACCCCACUGAAUAUCGGCAUUUAGUUGGAAAAUUGAAUUUUUUGACUCAUACUAGACCUGAUCUCUCCUAUGCCAUUCUAUGCCUUAGUCAAUACAUGCAACAGCAUUGUCUUUCACAUUUCUCAGCUGCUCAGAGGGUACUUCGUUAUCUUAGGGAAGACCCAGGCCAAGGUAUUCUUCUAUCAUCUACGCCCUCUUAUGAUCUACUUGCUUUUUGCGACGUCGACUGGGCUUUCUGCAAGGACAGUCGGAGAUCAGUUUGUGGUUUCUUUAUUACACUGGGAGGUGCUCCUAUUUCAUGGAAAUCAAAGAAACAGAUGUCUAUUUCCCUCUCUUCUGUCGAAGCAGAGUAUAGAUCGAUAAGACGAGUUACAACGGAGCUUACUUGGUUAGUGAGCCUCCUGGAUGACCUCUCUACUCCUCCCUCUCUGCCUAUUCCACUUCAUUCUGAUAGGCAGAUAGCUAUUCAUAUCGCUCGGAAUAACGCACGAAACACGUUGAUUUGGAUUGUCACUUCCUGCGUCAACAAUUUCUCUUUGGUCUGA